CUUAGUUUAGUUCCUUCUCGGCAGGUUGGUUUUUCCAGUUUCUGCCGUCGACCAAAACAUUGCCCUCGGAGGGCUCUCUCUCGCCUCUGUCAAGACUCCUGAAACAUAAAGAGUCGGAUAAAAACCCGGGAAUACUUAGCUCCGUGGAAGUGGAGAGAGAGAUGGAUGUGCGGACGCUGCUGGCCGCGGCUCUGCCCGCGGCUCUGCUGGUGCUCGGCCUGGCCACGGCGGCUGCUCAGGACUCAGGGCAAGAGUGCGAGAAGAUAAAUGCGACAAACUGUGACGAGUGUCUGAAAAAUGUCUCGUGCUUGUGGUGCAUCACAACAAAGAAGUGUGUUACCUAUCCGGUGAAGACCAUCCUUCCACCACACGCACUCUGUCCCCUGAAUGACGCGCGCUGGGGCCUCUGCUGGAUGAACUUCCAGACCUUGAUAAUCACCUUGGCAGUGGUUGGUGGGGUUCUCAUCAUCGCCUUCUUUGUCUGUCUGUUCUGCUGCUGCAAGUGUGAGAAUUUUGGAUCCAAGAGAUUUGAGGCCAAGAUGCAGAGGCAGGAAGACAAAUUGAAAACCAAGCAGGAUGAAAGGAGGACAGAGAUGAAGCAGAGACAUCAGGAAAUAAGACAGAAAUAUGGUCUAGGAGGGCAAAAUCCAUACUCCAGAUUUGCAUGAGAUCAACGCAUGUAGAUUUUACACUCAAUCCACAGCCCUUAGUUUUGGAGAAUGGGUAACCUUAAAACUUCUGUAUAGCGAACCUCAAGCAUUAUUCAGCAAAUGAACAGGUCUAUUAAAAUAAUGCUGCGUUUUAGUGAUCAAAGAUGCUGUAAUCUAGAGUUGGCACAUGUAACUGCAGUGUGCUUCAUCACUACAGCAGUCUCUUCUGCAGCUCCUGCACCGUCAACAUACUUAUUUAUUAAUCUUCAGCUUGAUUCUGAAGGAUGGAUAGAUGUUUAGUUCUCAACAUCUUUCUUUCCCUGUUUUUGCUUAAGAAAAUAUCCUGCACCUGUACAUUUUCAGAUAUUACUGAUUUUAAUAUUUUCCUAUAGAUUUUAUGCUUUUAUUUUGUACUUUAGAUUACUCUCAUUUAAGAUUUCUAGGCCACGUGUAUUGUGCUCACGUGAAGGUUUUAUCCCCUAUGAAUAAAUUAUCAUGAACUUCAGCUGAUGUAAGUCUAAUUCUAAUAAAAACUUUAAGACUGA